AUGGCGCAAGAACAGUUCAUCUACCAACCCAACACGUCGUCAAAGACAGGCACUUUCUACUUCGCUUUCGGCAGCAACCUGUCCCCCUUUCAGAUGUCAAUCCGGCUAAAGCACAGCACUUCAUCAAGCGUGCCUGUGGCCGUUGCUCGACUGGACGGGCACGCCUGGAUCAUCUGUGAACGUGGCUAUGCAAAUGUGGUAGCUCUGCCAGAGUCCAAUGCUGCCAGUGAUGCAAACACAGUCUGGGGAAUCGUUUACAAUAUGACCCCAGAAGACGAGGCCACACUAGACAGGUAUGAAGGUCACAACGAGUACCGAAACCCCGAACCAGAGCUCAAUCCGGACCCAGAUACGCAGCAUAUCAAGCAGCAUCUGCAAGGUGGCUGGGAUUACAACAAGCAUUACCUACCUUUGACAGUGACAAAAUGGCUCACUGAUCCCAAUGACUAUGGGGUCAGCGUCCCAGAUUGGUCCUCAGACCCGCUAUCUGGCUCCGACAACACCACCAUCCGAGCAUUGGUAUAUGUUGAUGAACAUCGCACAGCUCCUGGCGAGAUUAAUCACGAGUACAUUGGAAGGAUGAACAGAGCCAUCGCUGAAUCCGUACAACUUGGAGUGCCACAAUCCUGGGUGGACAACGUCAUGCGCACGUUCGUUCCACCGGAUAUCCAUGUCGAUGAAGAAGGAUAUGUGGGCACUGACGAGGGCUAUAUUGAAGCUGAAGCCACUGAAACAGGCAAUCAUGUUACGGAGAACACAGUCAGGCACAUGAACUAA